AUGGAGUCGCUGCGCGUCCAGCGGCUGCAGCCGGGCGUCGGGGGCGCGCUGCGCUCGCUGCGGCCCGGCGUGACGGCGGGCGCCGCCCUGGCCGCCUCGGCCCCGCCGCCGCCGCUGCCGCCGCCCCCGCCGCCGCUCGGGCUGACGCUGACCCUGGGGCCGCCGCCGCCCCCGCCGCCCCUGCCGCCCCUGCUCCUGCCCGGCGUCACGGCCGCCGCCGCCGCCGCCGCCGCCGUGGCCUCGGGAGCCGGCGCGGCCGGGCCGCCCGCCGUGCUGAGGGAGGCCGUCGAGGCCGUGGUCCGCAGCUUCGCCAAGCACACGCAGGGAUACGGCCGCGUCAACGUUGUGGAAGCUCUUCAGGAAUUCUGGCAAAUGAAGCAAUCCCGUGGCGCUGAUCUGAAAAACGGUGCUCUGGUGGUCUACGAGAUGGUCCCGUCCAACAGCCCUCCUUACGUCUGCUAUGUCACGUUGCCAGGGGGGAGCUGUUUUGGCAGUUUCCAGUUUUGUCCGACAAAAGCAGAAGCCAGAAGGAGCGCAGCGAAAAUUGCGCUGAUGAAUUCUGUGUUCAAUGAGCAUCCAUCCCGCAGGAUCACAGACGAGUUUAUUGAAAAGAGCGUCUCGGAGGCGUUGGCAUCUUUCAACGGCAACAGAGAAGAAGCAGAUAAUCCAAGCACAGGCAUCGGUGCUUUCCGCUUCAUGUUGGAGUCCAACAAAGGGAAGUCCAUGUUAGAGUUCCAGGAGCUGAUGACCGUAUUCCAGCUGCUGCAUUGGAACGGCAGCCUCAAAGCCAUGCGAGAGAGGCAGUGCUCUCGACAGGAGGUGCUGGCUCACUACUCCCACCGGGCUCUGGAUGACGACAUUAGGAACCAGAUGGCGAUGGACUGGGUGAAUCGGGAGCAAAACAUCCCAGGGGCCCUUUCCAGGGAGCUGGCCUUGACGGAGCGAGAACUGGAUGAGGCCCGGCUGGCUGGGAAGGAGCUCAGGUUCCACAAGGAGAAGAAAGACAUCCUGAUGUUGGCAGCCGGCCAGCUAGGGAACCUGCACUCUUCCAACUGUUAGGAGCUGCAAACAAGUGGCUCUAUUUCUCGUUCCAUUCCUUGCUCUUUCUCCCCACCCCCCCUCUUCACAACUUACCUGCUAAAGGGAUCUGACCUAGUGCUGUUACAAAUUUGACGGGGAGGGGGCAAAAUAUUCAACCAAAUCCUCCUAAUUUCCUUCCAGUUUUUUCUUGCCUUCUCAGCGGUGGGACAUUUUUGGAUUGUGGAGGUUUUCGUCUGAUCGGUUUGUAAAGUGGCAAAAGAACAACCUUCCUCACCUCGCCUCCUCCCCCAGCCCCCCUCCCCUCCCCAGCACUUUUGAGAUUUACGUAUCUUUCGAUCAGAGAGCAAAACAAACAUUUCAGAUUCUGAAUUUUGACAUUUUGCAAGAUGUCGAGUUCAGAAUUCGGCUUCAGUGCUAAUCUGAACCACGUCACUUAAGAGUGUGCACAGAUGCUUCCUUUUCCAGAAUAGGGGGCCCAUUUGCACAUUUUAAAAACGUCUUUGUUAAACAUUUCUGUAUAGACUUUUAUACUUGGAUCUCCUCGGUUAUCUUUUUCCUCUCUGCCGGAGGGUUUUUUUGUAGAGCACAUUUUAAAUGUAGCCUUUUCAGUGUUAAAUAGACUAACACGUACUCACUUAGAUCUCAAUUUUACCCAGGUACUGUACAGUCAGCAGUAUUAAGCGGAAAUGUCGCAUUGCCAGGAAAAUCCCAGCGUUUGUCACGGAUAAUAAUGCACAGCUCUGUGUUCGGUCAGGUGUGUAGAACCUCAGGCCUUCCUGGAAUCACAAUUUGGUUUCCCCGCUUUUCCUCCCCCAUUCUAAGAGGUCGAAAUGCCUUUCAUGAGGCCCAGUAACUUGCAAUAAGAGCUUUAAGCUACAAUCUGCUGGUAUUUUGGCCCCUUUGCCUUUGACUCUGCCCGAUCCUGGAAUGCGGACCCUGGGAGCUUCUCUGGUAUGGAAUUUGGCUCUCCGGCUGGAAGAGGUUCUGCACGCCUGCGUUAGGCAAACGUAUCUCCGCUGUUUACAUUCUUUGAUAUACUCUGCCUCCCAUCACCCCCGAAAAAGCACAGCGCUUAAAUCACUGCUUUCCGCUAUUCUCCAAGGGUUUAACCGAGUUAGGUCGUGCUUCCGCAUUCAGGGCAUCCUGGGGUGUUAUUGCCAAAUCCCACUCAGCGGAACCAACAAAAGGACCUCGCCGGGUUUGGACGUCACGAUAAACCACAGACGUUCAAAAUGGCCACCAGCACACACUGCAGCCCACCGUGGCUUAAAUACGCUGGGGCAGUCGUGCGAACCGGCCCAGUGUAUCUGCUUCUUCCUAACCUCUUUAUUUGCACCACCCAGUUGCUUCCCUGGUGGUGAGGUGCUUAGAGGAAUUAUCCUGGCUCUAGAGAAGAUGGAGUUCAUCUUAUGAUUAAGCUUAACGGGGAGCCUCUUGCACAGGAUGGAGAAGUUGUUAGACUUAUUAUUUCUAAAGGGCUCAGCUUCUUUGGGUGCCUUUCCACCUGAAUUGUCCCCGUUUCCAUACCAGCCCCAUCUGGCAUGGCUUGUGGAAGCCAUAGGCAAGGAAUCCACCACCCCUCGCUACUGAUCUGGUUUGUCUAUCAUGGCAGCAAAUUGUGGGUAAUUUAACUCAUGAAUUGCCGGGGAUGCACACUGGCUGUGAACCACUUCCAUCUUCUGCAAACAACCUCCCAUUGGAGGUUUGUAGUUCGGUUUACGUUCUAAACAGCACAUUGGUCCAUGUUUGCACAUUAUGCUGACAACCUCCGAUCAGAGGCUGUUUACAGAAACCGGGCAUCGUGCGCGAUGCACUUCCCUGCAAAUUUGCGGGGCUAUUAACCCAUACUAUGCCGCCAUGAUGUGCAAACUGCCCCACUGAA